ACGCAAAGUAGCCACCCAUUCCACUCCAGCAGCAGCACGAAUAAAGCAUGACAGCGUGACGUGAACGCAGAGGCAAAAAAAAAAUCUCAGUGUCUCUUCACUUUGUUCAGUGAAUGCACUCAUUCUCGCUCAAGACAGACGGAGCACAGUCACCACUCAUUCACGACAGAAAGCUCCCACCACCCCCCACCCCUCUAUCUGUUUGACGAUUGUGUGACCUUCAACGAUUUGACGAUGGCAUCGCUGGUCGGCUUAAAGGCGGGAAAGGAGUCCUCGGGCACAGAAAGCGUCACGCUCCCCAGCCAAUUGCGGCCUCCGCCCUGCAUCAGUGUCCACACACUGAGCAUGUGCAUCUUGGGCUUCUCAGACGUCGAUUGAAUCAGCUCCACAUAGGCAUUCCCACUCCGCAUCUCCUCUGCGAGCAGCUUCACACUGUCGCCCUCGGCCACACCGCCUGUGAUGAUCUCACGGAUCUUCGACGGGCCACCCAGUGAGCCGAUCGAGGCGAAGUCGCCACGCAGGGGGAUCAGGUUGAUCAGAAUGGACCUUUUGCUCUCGUCCUGCACACAGGGGGAAGGAAGGAAGGCACACACACAGAUAGAGAUCUUGGCCGGAUACCUCGGCGGCAAUUGACUGACCUGUGGGUCGGUCGCGAUGAAGAGUUUGGAGCCUGUCAUGCCUCCGUUGAGAGGCCCUUGCAAUGACCACUCCUGAGUGAACCACACACACAAGAUCCACAACAUGGCAUACACCGCUGUCCGAUCUGCGCCCCGCCCACCUUCGGUAGCUCGAGGCUGAGCGAUACAUCUGUGUCAUCGGGGUACGGGCUCGUCCAAGUAAAGGGCGCCAAGGCCUCCGCCGCAGCAGCGUCAUUUGACAACAGAGAAGCCACCAACAGUGAAGCAGCAGCGGCGGCACCCGAUGAGUGCCGUUGCCUCCUGCUGAUCAGAACAGGCGCCUCGUUAGCCGGCACUUCUGCACUCAUCGCCAGCAGUGCUGGCGGUCUUUUUGACGGCAUUCGAGGACCUCUGACUGUUGAACCAGCG